UUAUGAAAGGAAAGGUUACACGUAUACCAUUGAUAUCCGACAUGAAGCUGUACCGUUUUCCAAUUUCCAAUAUAGCGGGAUCUGGUGCGUUUAUUUGAAAAGCAGUUAAUCUUCGAUCGUGAACCACCAUGUAUGGCUUAUAUCUCAAAUUUAUUGCCUCAUUGCACUUUGAAUCAGUUAAAACAAAUCCAUGCCCUCAUAAUCACCACUUCCCUUUGCCAAAACUUCCACAUUUUCUCCACAUUUCUUCGCCGAAGCACCGAGUUUGGAUCCAUGGUUUACUCCGAUCUCAUUUUCUCUAAAAUGGGUACUCCUUUCUACUCGCAAAUCAUGCCUUGGAAUAUCAUGGUUAGAGGCUAUGCCUUUAAUGGACCCCUUGAAGAUUGCCUGUCUGUGUUUGAUGAAUUGCCUCAUAGAGGGUUGAAACCUGACAAUUACACUUAUCCAUAUGUGUUAAACUCUUGCGCUCAAUUGGGGUUGUGUAGAAAAUCCCAAAACGUGCAUUGCCAGAUUCUAAAAUCUGGCUUUGAAUCAAGUUUUGAAGUUUCCAAUUCGCUUUUUAAUAUGUAUUUAAAAAUGCAGGCUUCUCUUAAAGUAAACAAGGGCGAACGAAGUGGUGCCCGUAAAGUUUUCGAUGAUAUGCCAGUGAAACCUGUGGAAGUAUGGAAUCAGAUGAUAUACCAAUGCGUUUGCAAUGGUAAUGUAAGUUCCGCUAUAGAUUUGUUUGUUUCGAUGCCGGUAAAAGAUGUUAUUUCGUGGAAUACUAUGAUUUUGGGUUACAGUAGGGUCGGGGAACUUUCAAAGGCAAGAGAUUUGUUUGAAAGGAUACCGGAGAAGAAUGUUGUUUCGUGGACUUCGAUGAUUGGAGCAUAUGCUGAUGCUAGAGACCUUGACACAGCGAGAAAGAUUUUUGAGAAAAUGCCAUGCAGGAAUGUGGUUUCAUGGAAUUCAAUGAUUUCGAGUUAUACUAAACAUGAGAGAUUUCAAGAAGCAUUAGAUCUUUUUGAGCAAAUGCAAUUAGAAGGUGUAGUUUCGGAUGAAUAUACAUUUGUUUCUGUUCUGUCGGCGUGUUCCCACUUAGGUGCUCUGGAGAUAGGCAAACGGAUACACUUCUUGAUACAAGAUUGGCCUCGAUUGGGGGUUAUAGUAAGGACUGCCCUUGUAGACAUGUAUGCCAAGUGUGGGGAUAUUAGCAGAGCUUUUACGUUGUUUAUCAAAAUAAAAAAGAAUGAUGUGUUUUGUUGGAAUGUUAUGAUCAAAUCACUGGCUAUCCAUGGAAGAACAGAGGAUGCGAUUAGGAUUUUCUUCCUUAUGCAGAAGGAUGGAUUGAAGCCAAAUGAUUUCACCUUUACUAGUGUUUUGUUUGCUUGUAGCCAUGGAGGCCUGGUAGAGGAAGGUCGGAAAAUUUUCUACAGUAUGGAAAGAGAUUUUGGAGUUAGUCCAAAGCUUGAACACUUCGGAUGUUUUGUAGAUUUACUUAGCCGAAAUGGUCAGCUUGAGGAAGCGCAGCUUCUAGUGAAGGAUAUGCCGUAUAAGCCUGAUAUUGCUAUUUGGGGAGCUUUGUUAGGGGGAUGUAGGGUAAGAAGUGACUUGAAGUUAGCGGAAAAGGUGAUAGAGAGAGCCACUAAGUUGGACUCGAAAGAAUCAGGAGUUCAUGUCCUCUCGUCCAACAUCCAUGCUUCAGUGGGUCAAUGGCCUCAGGCUCUGAAUGCUAGACUAAAGAUGGAAGAGAGGAAAGUUUUGAAGAAGGUAGGAAGCAGCACCAUUGUUUAGAAUGCUUUCCGGGUAUCGAGAACUACAUUGGACAGCAAUGGGAAAGGCUAACAGAAAUUCCGUUAAAGAAAUCCAGAAAGCAGCAACCUAUAGAUAUCCUAAACUUUGUAAGCGAUCAACAAGACUUGUCUUAGCAAGUUAUUGUUGGAAUGACUAUUUGAUCUUGACCAAUCAUGCCUAGGGUUUGGACUAUUACCACUUCUGCUUAAGCUUAUGUUUUUCCUCAAAGUGGAUCUAUGUCAUUCCGUACCCCCAACCAUUUGUCAAAAUAAGCCGAGUAAUCUAACAUCGAAGAUCCUUCCCUUGAACAAAGUGAAUUGUUUCCCACACUUCCAUGUACAUUUAUAUAUUAAAUAAAAGUUUUAAAAUUUUCCCCGGAAUCCAAAUAAUAGGAGCUUUUAGUUUUUUUCAUUCCAUCACAAAGGAACCAUCCGCAGCUGCAGUCCAGUUGACCAUAAUUCCAUUCUGUCAAGUAGAAAUAUUACAAGUACCCUAAAAUUUUGAUUUGAUGCAUGCUCAAAUACAUGAUAGCAUUGUAGGCUUGUUUAAUCAACAACCAUCCACCAAGAUUCAUAGCCAAUUAUCCACCUUACACAUUACACUGGGAGCACAAUCAGCUUUACAUGAAAACAUAGCAGACAUAUUCCAUAGCCAAGAUAUGACAGCCCAAUAUACCCCAAAA